UCUUAUUUUGCCUUUUUUUUUUCGCUUCGCUUUUCUAUUGUACAGAGAAGGGAAGUGAAACCAAAACUGUUAGGUUCGCUAAGGAUCCCGAGAGCAUUGAAAUCUCAUCAGGCUCCCAUGAGCCCCAUGAAGAAGGUGGAAAGGCAGAGGAACCAAUGGAGUAUUCAGAACAAAACAAGACAAGUAAAAAUGGAAAAUAUAAUUUACGCAAAAGUUUAGCAUGGGAUAAUGCUUUCUUUACUAGUGAAGGAUUUCUGGAGCCGGAGGAGUUGUCUAGCAUGCUGGGAGGCAAUGAGAAAGGUCAUAUACAAACAUUGCCUGUGAUUCAAGAGGAUGAAAACAAAUCUUAUGAUUCACUAACAACGUUGGAUUCUGAAACCUUGACAUUGGAAAGCUUUGAGGCUGAUUUAUUUGAGGAUGUAAGAGCUUCAAUCCAAAAAUCUAACAAAGUUUCUGUCACUGUGAAUUCUAGUGGCAGAAAGGAGUUGAAAACAACAGAAGCUUCAAGAAAUGUAGAACUUACUACACAAGAUAAGACGGUAAAGUCUGUUGCUAGAAGUGGGGAAUCAACUUCAUAUCUUCAUAAGCCACCAAAGGUUUUAAGCAGUGUCGGUCCUUCACCAAAAAGGGUUUCCUUGGGUGCUAAGAAUAUCAGAAUGGAAAAGGAUACAAAAACUGUUGCCGGUAGAGAAACUACAGUAUUAAAAACUCCUUUGGGUGGUGCUAGAAACAUUGUGCCUAGGUCUAAGCCAUCUUCGAAAUCUUCUUCUUGCUCCCCAGCCUCUAGCAAAACGGAGCUGAAUUCUUCUUGUUCCUCGCUUGAAAGUUGCGCCAGUAUUUCUUCUAACAGAACUAAUGUAUCUUCCUUUAAUUUGAUUAAACAUAAAAAUGGCUCCGGAAUUGUACCAAAAAGUAAAAUUCAAGCAGGAAGUUCAAAGCUCCCAACUUUUUUGAAGUCUUUUAGCAACAUCUCUUCCAGUAUCUCUCCUGCAAGCUCUAUCAGUGAAUGGUCCUCAGAGUCAUCAUCUAUAUCUGCUUCUAAUCAAAGUUCUAAUGUUGCAAGAAUUAACCUUAGCUCUGUCUCCCUCAAGGGACCUGCUAUAAAACGUGAUGUGCACUCACAGAACCAUCCAACUGGUACGUGCUCACAGGGAGAUGGUGCUGAGGUUACUGGCUCGCUCAAUGAAAGUGAAAACAAAGUUUCUGCUGGAACUAUUAAACUUCUUCACCCUGCUUCAGUGAAACCAUCUGGCCUCCGCAUGCCAUCACCAAAACUUGGCUUCUUUGACGGGGUACGAUCAUCAGGACGCACUCCAAAUGGGAGUAUGCUGUCUCAUCCUGGUUUACCUAGUGGUUUGCCUAAAAUUGGAGCAAAAAACACUAGUCCAAGUGGAAGCUCAAACAAGGAAAAGAUCGGAAAGCUUCAGCCUGUUAGAACUCUUACUGCAAUCCAAAGCCCCAAGGUUGAUGUUAAGCAAACUUCCUCUGCUAUAAAUUCGAGAUCUUCCUUAUCUAUUCGGAAAUCUCCAAUUGCUGCAACAUUGGCACGAAGUUCUUCAAUAAACCUCAAAACCAGCCCUGGCAUAUCUCCAAAACUCCAGAAUAAAUCCUCCCCUAGAAACGGUAUUGAUUCGGCUGAAAAAGUAGCAGGCCAGGGAAGCAAGGACGGUGCUGACACAAAGGAUACCAAGAUUGUUCCUGUCGAUGUAGUACUUGAAACAAUUUCUAAUGUAGCUUCCAAGUCCAAUGUUGAAAAUAAAAUUUCAUCAAAAGAAGAAGCUGAAAAUGAUACGCACAGCUAUACAUACCUCAAGACUAAAACAGUUCUCCUUUAUGACGCCAGCAAGGAGGAAGCUACCGUCAAAGACGAAAUCAACACUGUCAGGAAAGAACCUAUUGAUAAGUUCGAGAACAGUUUGUCAAAUCUCACUCCAACCUCUCCAUCCCCAAUGACUUCUGAAGUUACUUGUGGCUCAAGGAUACCUUUCUCAGUCAAGGAUUCUUUUUACAAUACAGAUGCAUCGCAUGAUGUACUAUCAGGAUUAGCGGCAGCCGAGAAGACAACCCCAUUACCAUUUCUGGAGAGCACCUUUACUGAGAAUAAUAUCUAAGCGCAGCAGUCUAGUUUCAGAUUCUUUCAAGGUACCUUGGUAUGUGCCUUUUCCAAUUAUUCUUAUUUGGAACUUUUUUUAUACAAGUCUUAUAGAUUCGGUGAUAAACUUUGGUUAUUCAGUAGAAUUGAUUCCCAUGUUCAAAUUCCACCUGUUUCGGAUAUGAUAUUUAUCAUGGAGAUAAGGCGGUCCCGGGUUCGAAUUUCUCUAAGUUCGAACCUGAAGUACUAUUUCAUGGAGGUAGUGUCUAAUGAGGCACGUUUCGUAGUUUUUAAGGGUUGAACUUGAAGUGCCCAAUUUAUAGUGCCAAACAAAUCUUCAUGAAUAAUGUCUGAAAAUUUGCUAGUAAUGGAAUUUCUAGGUCUUG